AGGUGCCACUGUAACAAGAUAAAUCAAUGUUAUUCACUUGACCUGUCAGGGGAUUUAAUGUAAUGUCUGAUGGAUUUAAAUUGUAUAUUAUUGCAAAGGACAUUCUGUAGCUACGGAGUCAAAUUUAAUUGGUCAAUUAUAAGAAAUAUGAAUGCAACCUCUUGAAAGUACUCCAUGGUUUGAAUAAAUGUUCCAAUGUUGGAAGUUAGUUAAUAGAUAAAUUCCAAUAAGAAGAAACUAAAAUGCUAUAUUUCUGCAAAAAACAAACAAACAAACAAAAAAAACCCUUUAAAAUGUGCUUUCCGCUAACUGCACUAGACUGCCCCCUACAGACCAUACAUGUUCACAACAAGAGUUCAGUUCACAGUUCACAACACUGCUAGCUAAUUAAAUGCUAAGUUGUUUUAACUGAAGAUGAAAUUAGUGACUCGGUUUAAUCAGCUAUUUUACGUUUAUUCUGGCACAUAAACUGUAACCAUAAUGCUGCUCAACAACGUGUUAAUCUGCUGCUUCGAGUCUGUAUCCCAUAGCUACUAGGGGCGUGUUAGACACCCGGAAGUUGCUAUGUCGUAACUUGUGACCAUUUCCGGCGAGGCAAAUUUGAAACAUUUCCAUCGUUUCGACCGAGAGAAUUCACCUUCUUUUGAAAUAAAACUAAGAGGAAGGUCAUUUUUCGCACCAGAGAGGGCCAUGGACCCCGGUACUCAAAGACUGUUUGAAAGAGUUGCACAGAAAAUGGGCUGGGACAAACCAGGUGCUCUGGACCGAGCCGCAGAAGAGUUGCAAAAAAGUGUGAAGAGCAGACGCGAUGCUGUCGUCAGCUGCGACGCUGAGCCUGCUGAGAGGAAAGAGUCGUCAUUUCCGUCAGACAGCGACAGCUCUGAAAAGGAGAAUCGCCACGGAAGGAGCGACGUGCCUUCAAAUGGAGCGCUGCUGGACUCCAGUGACGAGGACUUGGACAAGAUUCUUGCAACAAAGAUUCCACCCAAACCUGCUCCCAGACAAAUCUCAUCUGCCAAGAAAGCAAGGGAACCGGUCCAGAUUUUGUCCUCAGAUAGCGAUGAUGGAUUUGAAAACUUUUUGAGACGUGUGAAAACCCCGAAGGCUCAACCGAGGCCUCAGUUUGUGAGUGGUAGUGAUGACAGCCUUAAACAUUUCAUAGUAGACGACUUGUCUUCUGAUGACGAUUUUGUCGUGGAGAAGAAGCCGUCCGUUUCAAAAGCCAAACUGAAGACUCCCAAGGCUAGCCUGAAGUCAGAGAAGCAGCGGCUCUCUCGGUUCGAAUCCCCGGUGUUCCUUGGUGACUCGGACGACGACAGCGACGUUGUGAUCAAGAGCACGUGGAGGACUCGGCACAGUCGCCCGUCGUCGCAGGAAAAGGAUGCUCCGGCUAAAGAAAAUAAACCCAGUAACGCCCUGCGCUUUCCCUCUCCUCUCGCUUCUGUUCACACGCCCAAGCCCUCUUCAGCCCCACCCACACACAGCAGCUGUUGGGAGGACACGGGCAGCUCCGAGGACGAGUUCCAGUCCUUACUGGACCGCAUCAAGAAAAACCAAAAGUUGGGAAGCAGUAGCACACACUGUUCUCCUAAACCUCCAGAGCCCGAAGCUGCAACAGCCUGUGUGACUCCGUCUGUGAACGCACGAAAGGACAGUGACCGAGUGCCAGGAAAAGGAUCCCAGGUGACCAGAACUCCAGCGCAGCGCCCAAUCAGCAGACCUGUGAGUCAGACGGAGCCCAGAGCCGGCCACAGCAGCAGAGUGGCUGUGUGUAAAACACCAGGCUGUUUCCUGCAGUCUCUGUCUUUUCCUGAGUCUGUGUACUGCCGCAAGUUUAAGCAGAACAAGGAGGAGCUGACCGGCAAACUCUACCGGCUCUAUAACUCUACUGUUUUUGAGAGCAAGCUGCCUGCUGACAUGCCGAUCAAAUGGAAUACAAAGAUGAGGAAGACCGCAGGAUAUUGCAUCACCGGGCAGGAAAAGGUCACUGGCAUACGAUACGCCCGUAUUGAAUUGUCCGUCAAAGUCUGUGACUCUGCAGAUCGGUUAAGGGACACACUAGUUCAUGAAAUGUGCCACGCGGCCACAUGGCUGAUAAACAACGUUCGGGACGGCCACGGACCUUUCUGGAAGAUCUACGCACGCAAAGCCACCCUGGCUCACCCUGAGCUGCCCAUGGUGACCCGCUGCCACAGCUACGACAUCAAUUACAAAUACCAGUACCAGUGCAGUCGCUGCAAAAACACGAUUGGCCGUCACUCAAAGUCUCUAGACACGCAGAGGUUUGUGUGCGCGCUGUGCACGGGACAGCUCGUCCUGCUCGCGCCGUCUAGUUCACGCGGUCCCACACCUUUCGCUACGUUUGUGAAGGAGAACUACGGUACGGUGCGGCAGGAGCUGGCUGGCCAGGGUCACGCCGAGGUGAUGAGAAAGCUCAGUGCCGACUUCGCUAGCAAGACACGCCUCAGCCAGAGCUGAUCUGUGGACGCUUUUGAUCAAACAACAAGAGCGCUGCUCCAGGCUCUGGCUUUGCCUCCACUAUUCAGGUAGACGGUGUGAUAGAAACCAAACUAAAUCAGCAUCUUGCGUACCUCAGGUGAAAUUGUUUAGGCAUUAUGUAUUACUAAAUUCUUCUGCCAGGAAAUGCUUUAGAAAACUGUGAAGGAUGCGUCUGGUUUCUACAUUUCAGUGUAUUUUAAUCAUCUGAUGUUAUAUGCGUCCUUGUCGUGAAAUGUUUGUCAAAUUUGAAUAGUUCUGUAUUUUAUUUUCUGUCCUUGUUUUAACUGUUUUGUAUGUUUCAAUAAAGUAUUUUUCAACCUACUGAAAAAUGCUUGUACGCUAUUUUUUUAAUAUAUAAAAUUCUAG